UCAGUGCAUCCUCAGUGAAGACUUCUUGUCUAUGUACUUAAGGCAGUCAUCAAGAAGUAUGAUGAAAAUAUUGAUCGUAAACUUGUUAUUACUAGGAAUAGUACAUUCAAAGAAGAAUAUUUUGUUUUUGGUUUCGGAUGAUAUGCGACCCAAUAUCGGUGCCUACAAUGGACCAGAUGAGCCAUCUCCUGUUCAUCCACCGAUGCACACACCAAAUAUUGAUGCGCUUGCUGCUAGAUCCCUCCUCCUAAAGCGAGCUUAUGUCUCAGUUGCUUUAUGCAGUCCCAGCAGGACGGCCCUUCUGACCAGCAGGCGCCCUGAAACAACUCAUAUCUGGACCAUCGGACCAUACUUUCGUCAGUAUGGAGGUAAUGUCACCACAUUGCCUGAGUAUUUCAAACAAAAUGGGUAUCGGACCAUUGGAAUGGGGAAAAUAUUUCAUCCAGGAUCAUCCUCCGGAAUUGACGAUCCUGUUUCGUGGACUGAUCCCUACACCCAUGCUGUUGAUGAUUACUUAGGUAACGAUAUUCUAAUUGAACCUGUCUCAGAGGAAAGAGCUAAGGCGCGACCACUACAGGAUCAGCUUCUUGCUGAGUAUGCCAUUCAGGCACUUAAAGAGGUGGCCCCCAAAGCUAAGUCAGGUGAGCAACCUUUCUUUCUGGCUGUGGGGUUCCGGAAACCCCAUGUUACCUGGAACUUCCCUGCACGCUUUAUGGAUUACUAUCCUCUGGAAAGUCUGAGGCUACCACCAAAUUACUAUGCUCCAGUAGGAAUGCCUGCUAUUGCUUGGCAUGAUUUCAUUAAUCUGACUAGGUAUAAAGAUAUGGAACCCUACCACUUGAGUCCUAAUGUUGGUGGCAUCAACUAUACAUUUCCGAAAACAAUUACUCUUCAGAUGCGACAAGCUUAUUACAGCUGUAUAAGCUAUAUAGAUUAUGAACUUGGUAGGGUCAUUGACGAACUGGAUAACUUGGGAUUGACUAAUGAUACAAUAAUAUCAUUCUGGGGUGAUCAUGGGUGGCAGUUAGGGGAACAUGCUGAAUGGCAGAAGAUGACGAAUUUUGAAGAUGCUGUCCAUGCUCCUAUGAUGAUUCAUGUUCCUGGGGUUACUGAUCAUGGUGUUGUCACUGAGAAACUAACAGAAUUUGUUGAUCUAUACCCCACCCUCGUUGAGGCUGCAGGACUUCCAAAACUCCAGCAGUGUCCACCAGACUCCCAGAAUGUCAGUCUGUGCACAGAGGGUACAAGCAUGGUGCCACUUAUGACAAACCCGACAUUGGAUUCUUGGAAGACUGCAACUUUCUCUCAGUACGCAAGAAUAGGCAAUGGAAUUAAUGGUGACUCAGUCAUUGGUUUCAGCAUGAGGACAGAGAUGUAUCGAUACACCGAGUGGAUCAAUUGCAAGGGCAUGCCUAGCUAUGAACCGAUGUGGGAACAGCUGCAAGGAGUUGAACUCUAUGAUCAUACGAAAGACCCAGAAGAGAACUGGAAUCGAGCAGAUGAUCCAGCCUACAAAGACGUCAAGGUCGAGUUGUCCAGGAACCUGCAGUUGGGCUGGAGAGGGGCUCUACCUAACAUACGCGUAUGAAACCGUCAAAACCACCUGUAACUUCAUUUCAUGUUCAAACUUCUCGAGAUAUAAAUGAUUAUUUUGCAAAGAA